AUGGACGCCGCUAUCACCACCGCACGCACAAAAAUCAAUGACACCUUCGCCAUAGAGCAAUCACUUCCAUUAUCGUCUCCACCGCCCCUAUCACCACCACAGCCACCACCGCCACCACCACCACCACCACAACCGCCACCACAACCGCACACAGCCAACAAAGUCACAACCUCCGCCAUCGCCAUAACAACCACCACUGCCACCAUCGCAACAACCGCUACAACCGCAACAACCGCCACCACCGUCACUUUGCCGACAUCAACACAACUGCCACCACCACCACCACCACCAAUUCAUCUACCGCAACAACAACUAUCGCCGCAGUUAAAACAAACCACUGCCAAAGCAAUCACCAACAAGAUACAAGUGUCUUCUUGA